AUGAAAAAUAAUAUAUAUGGUAACAUUUUGACUAAUCAUAAGAUAAUAUUUUCUGUUAUUUUAUUAUUAAAUUUAUUAAUAUUUUUUUCCUUUAUUAAUGGUUUUUUAUAUCCAAGGCAAGGAAUAACAAAUAAAUCAGAAGACCUUGAAGUAUUUUGUAGAAAGGUGUUUGGAGAUGAUUAUGUAGAAUCCUUAAAAAAAAAAAAUUCAUUCUCCAUUAUUAAUGCACCAUAUGAUAGAAUAGUCUUAUUAUUAAUAGAUUCUUUAAGAUUUGAUUUUAUGCUUUAUGAUCCAAAUUAUAAAAAAGAAGAAAGAGAGAAUGAAGAUAAAGAUGAAAAUGGAAAUAAAAAAGAUAAAAAAAAUGAAUUAUACGGAGAGAAAUUGUUUUUAAAUAAUAUGAUGAAUUUACAUCAUAUUUUAAAAAAGGAAAAAAAAAAUUCUUUAUUAUUUCGGUUUGAAGCUGAUCCACCAACUAUUACCACUUCAAGAUUAAAAUCCAUUUUGAUAGGAUCAGUUCCAAAUUAUAUGGACAUUAAUGAAAAUUUUAACCCUAGUUCCAAUAUUCAAGAUAAUUUUUUUGAACAGCUACAUAGAAACAAGAAAAACACUAUAGUUAUUGGUGAUGACACCAUCACACGCUUAAGCAGAAAUUUUAAAAAAGAAUUAGUUUAUGAAAGUUUUAAUAUUUUUGAUUUUUAUUCUUUAGAUAUAGCUUCAAAAAAACAUUUUUACGAAGAAUAUGUUUUAGAUUAUUGGGAUUUAAUUUAUAUUCAUGUUUUAGCUGUUGAUCACGCUGGCCAUGUAGAGGGACCUAAUUCUAAAUCAAUGAGUAACAUUUUAAAGGAUUUUGAUAUGUUUAUAUACGAUAUUAUUAAUAAAAUAAAAUUAGAAAAAGAAAAAAGGACUUUAUUUUUAGUAAUAGGAGAUCAUGGACAAAUGGAUUCUGGGGAUCAUGGUGGUAGUAGUACAGAUGAAACAGAAAGUGCUUUAUUUGCAUAUUCUCCAAUGGAUUUUAUUUCUUUAAAUAAAAAUAUAAAUCAGAACAAUUUUAUUUUAUAUGACAAUGACUCAGCAAAAAACCAUUUUCUUACUAAUAAUAGUCAAAUAAACAUAGAAGGUUAUAAAAAAUAUCAUUCAUUUUUAAAUAAUAUAAAUAAAAAUGACACUUAUUAUUAUAAUAUUAAACAUACAAAACAAUUAAACUUAAUUAGCACUCUAUCUUUGUUAAUAGGAUCAACUUUACCCUUCUGCAAUAUAGGGAAUGUUAUUUUAGAUAUGAUUCCUGUUGCAUAUAUAAAUAAACAUUCUAAAUUAAAAAAAAAAGAAAACAAAGAAAGCAAGGUGGAUAUCAAUACUAAUGAAAAUUUUAAAAAUAACACAAAUAAUAAAAAUGAUGAUUUAGAUAGCCACUCUAAUUUAUAUUACGAUUUAUUAAAUUUACAUUAUAUAGCAGAAUUAAAUUAUGCUAACUUAUGGCAAAUAAAUAGAUAUUUAAAUUUUUAUGAAAAAAAAUAUAGAGUAUUAAAAAAUAAGGAUUAUUUUUUUAUUAAAAGUACGUGGACAAAAAUAGAAGAAGAGAAAUCUCAUUUUUUUAUAGCUUAUAAAAAUUUUGUUGACGAUGAAACAAUAUUAAGAAAAGAACAAAUCGCAUAUAUAGAAUAUAUAAAUAAAAUGAGAAAUUUAAUGGAUUUUACUCAAAAAUAUUUUUAUUCCAUAUUUUUUAUGAAAAAUCGUUCUUUUUUAAUUUUAUGUUUUUUUAUAAUCACUUAUUUUUUAAUAAUAUUUAAAAUUUUAUAUUAUCAUUCGAAAUUGAAUUAUUACCACAAUACAAUUACAAAGAGUAAUUAUUCUUUUAUAAUACAACUAUUUGUCUUAUUAUUACCAUUUAAUUCUUUUAAUAAAAAUAUAUAUUUAUUACUGUUUUCAUGUGCAUUUCUUUUAUAUUUUGUUACUCAUAUUUUAUCAAAAAAUAAAUAUAAAGAUUUUUAUAUGUUCUUCAAUUACGCAAAGAUAAGUAUAAUGUUUAACAAUAGUUUCAUAUAUGAAGAAGAAACAAAAGAAAAUAAAAAAAUAAAGAAACAAGAUAAUAAGGGUAUUACGCACAAUGAUAAAAAAAGAAGUAUUAACGAAAAUAACAAUAAUAAAUUUCAGAAUUUUAUAAACUUAAUAGUGAAAUACUUAAAUAAAAUAGGAACAAAAAAUACCUUAUAUAAUGAAAACAUAGAAUACAAAGUAAAUGACCAUAAGGAGAGUAAAACUUAUAUAUUUUAUAAUAUAUAUAAUAUUCUAAAAUUAUUUUACAUAUUUAAAAGUAAAUUUGCCCUUAUAUUGAUAAAUAACAUGUUUUUUGUAUUCGUUAUUAUAUGGAGUUUAUCUUUAGUAUCUUUUAAUUAUAUAGACAAGGAAAUAUACUACAUUCACUAUAUUUUAUUUAUGUACGUAGUUUUUUGUUUAUUUAAAUAUAAAAACAAGUUUUCUUUUAAUUUUAUUAGAGGAUGCCCCUUGCUAAUUAUUUUAACACUUAAUACAAUAUUUAAUUUUACUCCUGAUUUUUUGGAUCAUAAUAUUGAAAAAAAAUUUCUAAAUAAAUUAAUGUUAAAAAUAGUAUUACCCGUUUCUUUUUAUUUUUUAAGUUUAAUAUUAAUAAACAGUGGUAUAAAUAAAUUAUUACAGAAAAAAAUUAAAUAUAUGGUAAUGCAAAUAUGGACAUUGCAAUUUGUUCUUGUUUUUUUAUUUCUACUUAAAAUAAAUGAAUAUAUGGAUUUUUUAAUUCCUCCAUUUAUUUAUAUUUUGACUUUUUCAAUUUUUAUAUUUAUUAUAUUAAGAAAGAAUAGUAUAAUAGAAAAAAAGAAGCUACCCGGAGAUAUUCAAAAACUAUAUGAGGUUUCUAUUAGUUUAUUUAUAAUUCUUUUUUCAUCAAUUCAAUUAUCUAUUAUUAUCUAUAGUAAUACAAAUUUAAGUGUAUUGUUUCUCUUUUAUAUAACAUUGAUAUUUUUUUAUUUCUUUUUUUUAAGUAUUAACAGUUCAGAAAAUAAUGAAGACAAUAAUAUUGUAAUUAAUUGGAUUAAUGAACAUGGAGAUAUCAAAAUGUUUAACAUAGAAAAUAAAAAUAAGAAUAUUAAAACAUAUCAUAUAAAUACAUCAAUUAAGGAAAAAUUUUCUCUCAAACUUGAAGAAGAAAAAAAUAAUAUAUUGAAUAAAUGCAAUUUAGUAAAUCAAACAGAUAUAACGCAAAUGCAAAUUUUUAAGUUAAUUAAAAACUUCUCAUUCUAUUUAAUUAAUGAGACUGAUUUUCAUAUAUUAUCCUCAGUACUUUUAAAAUAUUCUUUUUUUAUAACUGGCCACAAAUUUAUUUUUAACAAAUUGCCUAUCAAUUCAGCUUAUGUAGGGUUAAAUAAGUAUGUAUGGCCAAUAAGCCAGUUUUAUUUGUUUAAUCAUAUUUUCUUUCCUUUUGUAUUUUCACUUUUUUUCGUUGUCUAUAUUUAUAAUUUGAGAAAAAUCAAAAUUAUGCUUUUAUUUAAAGAGUUGGAUUUUUAUAAUUUUUAUCUUUAUCCACUAAUUAAUUUUUUGUUUAAAAUUCUCUUUUUAUUUUCUUCCAAGUUUAUUUUUUCUUUAUGUGCAUCAUUUUAUUUAGACCUUCACAUUAUGCUUUACGAUUAUUUCCUACCAAAUUUUUUUUAUUUAACAGUUAUUAACAUCCUUUUUAUAUCAUUUUGUUUAUUGAUAUUGUCAAUAACUAAAAAUAUUCUCUUAAGAUAA